AUGACCUGAUUUCUAAUUUUCUCCUCUCCUGCCUGGGCUGAGGGCUAGUCGCUGCUACAAACAGAGAAGCCCAUGAAAGGAGCGUGUCAGUGCGAGCUGCCCUGGUACUAUUUGGAAUAUGGCCUCGCUAAUUUUUCGUAAAACUGGAUUUAUUUGACUUUUCAUGGACGCAGGCGUGAUUGUAAGAAUCCUUCAGUAGAUUCAGGUGUGCAGCCAUGGCUAACUUGCAGCAGGAAUACCCAGGGGUCCUCCUGGGCAUCCUGGAGGAGUUGGCAAAUAUGCGUCAAUGGCUGACCUUCCAGGAUCUUUGUCGCAUGGUCAGCUCUCGCUUCGACCUGGAGCACCUCAUUGAGCUAAGGAGUUUGCUGUUUGCAGCUGCCAGCCGGGACCCUUGUUUCCCAGCAACUCUUUUCAGAGACAGGGUUUCCACUAGGGGCCAGGGGCUUUCGCCCAUAGGGGUCGCUGCUGAUAUUGUCACCAUCUUCAAUCUCAUUCAGAUGACGGGUGGGGCUCCAGAUGAAAGCCAGCAAAUGAGAGCACAGACUGUUCUCCCUGUUGACCAAUCCCCAGGCCCGAGUCUGCCUGGAAUCCAUCAGCUGAACAUCACUGGCCGAGAAAGAGCACGAGCCCAUUCUGACUCAAGUGAUAGGCCUAUCGACCAGCACCUGCUGUUUCCAAGACCUAGCUACUCAGCUCGCAAGCGAUCAAGUCUGCCCCCAGAUCCAAUUACUCUUGUGUCUCCUCCUCCAGUUAGGGCGAGGGCUGUAUCUUUUGACUUGCCUCACACCACGCUUCUUUACCCCAGUGGACAAUUCCCCAGUGAAGUGAUGAAAAAUAUCUACCUGCCUCUGGAAACUGACAGUGAGUCAAGUGGAGAUUCUGCACCCAUGGAAGUGUUUGAAGCUGAACAGGAAUCAACUGUUGACCAGAAGAGAAACGUCUUCAGGAAAGACUUCCACAACCAGCCCCCUCUGAUACCCCAGGUGACUGUCAGCAGCGAGUCUCCAAGUCCCAACAAGUUGAAAGGAUUUGACAAUCACAGCUUUGAAGUGAUCCCUAAUCCUUACCCAUCACCGACACCAGUCCAACAAACGCCAGAGCAGCGGGCUAAACACGAGAGCCUUGACGACCUACAGGACUCAACUUACUUCGGACCAGGGUCAAUCCCAGAGUGGUCCCCUCGACACCUUCAACCACCCAGGACUAAGAAGCCUAUUUGGAGCAACAAGAGUCACAGUCUGGAGGACCGUAUAGGCUCGGGCAGUGUUGGAAUGGGAAUGGAAUCACAAGGGCAACUACCAAGGCGAUCAACCCCAGCUAUCAGUAAUUUGAGGGGUUUGUCAGUGGGCGAGACAGUGGAUAGUGGAUUUCUAAUGGGAAGUGAUGGAGUCAGGGCUCAGGGAACCCAGACAGACCCACCAGACACCCGCCGCCUUCGCAGCCUGGUCCAUGCAGAUCGCCUCUCCUUCAUGACCUCUUUAGAUGACCCAGAGUUUUGUGAGGAUGACAUUAGUGCCAUCUUCCGCUUCCUAGACGAUAUAAGCAUGUGUGGUUCCACAGGGGUGCUGCACCCCAGCGAUGGAUCAGCGUCUAUGAAUCAGGACACUCCUGAGGCCAGGCGUGGGCGCCUUGGUCAACUCCAAAGGCUUUUCCACUCCCUGGAAAGCAGUGAUGAUGGGCUAAAGGCAAGUGUUUGUAAACUGCUGCUCCGUAUGAGCCAGAUAGAGAGACAACUGGAGUCUUUAAAUGAUGUAAAAGCUGAGAUCUCCCAGGUGCUGUCAGCUCUGCAGCGACUGGAUGACAAGAUUCAGCAGCCACUCCCUAGUGGUGGGCAGAACACAAGCGGGCGAUGGCUUGAGCCUCUCAGCGGUGUCUCGUCCUUUGUGAGCCACCCUCUAACACCAUCUGAGUCAUCAGAGCCUCAGCCUCUGUCUGCCUCCGGGCAUCUAUUUCCAGCGACCAGCAGUAGCAGUCUGGACUGGAGCCGAUGGAACACUCCUGGGGAGCAAACAGAAAGCAGUAAAGUUCAGGUUGAGUCAAAGAGUAGGAAAGAAGGAAAGAAGGAUGCAUCAUCUCGUCGUGCCUCCAAAACUCAGCCUGAUGAGAAAAGUGUAUCAGAAUCCAAACAGCUGAAUAUUACAAACUCUGCAAGAGACUGGACAGUUUCAUUCUCCAAGAGCAAAGAUGGCAAAUCUUCACAUGGACAGCAGGUAGAUCAAUCAGGCAGCACAACAAACCUACUCUCCAAAAAGUCCUCAAACCUGGUGGAACAAGUUUUUAAUUCAUCCCUGUUCCGCCAAAAAGACAGCAGUCUGACAGGUGGGCUAACCUCCGGGAAGAUUAUAGAUCCCCGUCUGGCUGAGGGGAGGGGAAGACCCAUAUGGACUGUGGAUGACAGAGAGGCACGAAUCUCCCCUUUGGACCUGCAGGGCCAGGAGUCUUUGAAUCCCAACAACAUGGAGUUUUGGAUGGAUGACAUCUAUACUCCAGGCUAUGAUGGUCUACUCAGACGUAAAGAGGCUGAUCUCCGCCGGGCAAAAUACUGCAAGUUGAUUGCACUGGUUGCCAUCAUAGUGGUCGUCAUCGUCAUUAUUGUUAUACUUAUUUGUACAAUGGCGACAUGAAUGCCCUCACGAAGAUCCCAGUUUGUCGCCUGUUUUUAUUUCAAUCUGUGAAUCAGUGAAUCAUGCUGUACCCUGGAGUUUGUGCACUUUUCAUGGAAAUGUGUAGUCGUGCGACCACAACACAAGGCCUCUUCAAAAUGAAUGUCAGAUAAACUGUGAAGUCAGAACUACUUAAAAAUCACACUUCUUCUCUGAACCCCCUCCCCAUAAAGUUACAUCGUACUGUUAUUGUCAUCCAAUGCACAGUUUUCUUUACCACUUACUGAUCUAUAGUUCAUGUUCAUUCCAGGAUAACUUAAAUGGAUGAAGUUUUUAAACCGUUUAAAAUGAUCUCUGAGAAAAUAUGCUGAUACUAGUAAUACUGAGCCAAUGCAAAUGUGUCCGUUUUGUUUGGACUCUUUCAUUUUUCAAAUCUUUUGAAUCAGCUUCUGCCUGAAAAACUGCCUGUCUGACUUCUUGCUAUUCCCUUGAGAACACAGGGCUUUUUUCACUUCAAUGUACAAUAAUAGUUUUUAU